AGGUACUUCUGCAUUGUUGCGGUUGGUAUCGCAAAUUUUACCAGGACGACAUGGCGCGAAAUUUGAAAUUAGCGCGAUGGAUAAAUUUUUCGAGUUAGCGUUAACGUGUUGCCAUAGGGAAUUCAAAAUACAAUUUUCAGAACGUCAACAAUUCGUGAAACAUAUCGUGAAGUCAGAGUUUUAAAAUGACCGCACCGAAGUACAAUAAAGUGUUUUCGAACUUAGGCCAUGAGUGCGAAAUGCUGGCCGAGGAUGACGAGGUCGAAAAGAAGUUCCCUGGAAAUACAUUUAUAGUCAAAUUUAAAAGAUCAGCAAUGAGGACGAUUCUCGUCCACGAAAAAAUCUGCAAGUCGUGCGCUAUCCACUUAAGAAGUCAUGGUGCCAUCGAGAAAGAGAAACAGCGCCAUAUAAGAUACCAUCCGACAAGUAUUCACCCUUUUAGCAGCGCUCGGAUUUGGUGGGAGGUCUUCAUGACUUUCAUUUGCUUGAUACAACUAAUUCUGGUACCACUGGACGUGGGGUUUUUCGCUUUUAAUACAACUAUGCCAUUUUUUCACUCUAUUCCCUUUCUUUCCAUAAGAAUGUUAACAGAUCUCAUUUGCUGUCUGGAUAUUGGCGUCAAUGCAACCACUGGAUACUACGACGAAUCGAAAAAAGAAGUUGUGCUUCACCAUCAGAAAAUAAUAGGGCACUACUUGAGAACGCGGUUUUUGUUAGACUUUCUGUCUUCUGUUCCAACCCAUUUUGACUUGUUUGUUAACAUGCCUUAUGCACACGACCAGAAUAACUGGGCUUUGACUAUAUUGCAGCUACUUUCAACCAUAAAAUAUGUGCGCUUCUUCACUUUCAACACUCUCGCGACGAAACUUUGUAACAUUUUCGGUGUCGACUUCUACGUCAGACAUGGAGUCCUCAUGGUCCUUACGAUGCUAAUUUUCUGGCACAUUUUAUCCUGUACCCAAAUCUUCGGCUAUCUACUAUUCAAUGACAAAAAGAACUUUGCCGCCUACAGGAACACCACACCUUUUAAAGCCAUAUCCCGGAGCAUGUACGACGGGGCGCUCCUCAUUUACACAGCUUCCUACGGCGUCGAAGAACCCGAAAACAACUACGAGUACUUGAUGACCACAGUCCUGUGGUUUCUCUCAAAAUUCGUCCAAAUUUAUCUUCUAGCUCGGGUCAUCGAAUUCCUGCGGGCCAAAACAAGCCCGAAAAUGAAAUACUCCCAAAUGGUUAAACAACUCGUCGAAUUCAUGCGCCACAAGCAGCUCCCGAUUUAUACCCAGAAAAGAAUUCUAACUUAUUACGAGUUUCAUUUUCAGAAAAGCUAUUUCAGAGAGAACGAGAUUUAUGCCACGAUUUCUGGGCAGCUGCGUCAGGAAAUUGUGAUGCAGACGUGCAGGCAGCUUGUGGAAAAUGUGGAAUUUUUCAGAGAUCUUCCGCUUAAUUUGCUCGUCAGGAUUGUUUCGUGUUUGAAGUCUGAAAUUUAUUUAACGAAUGAUGUGGUGGUCAAAGCUAACUCAACUGGAAAUUGCAUGUAUUUUAUUUCCACUGGGACGGUAGCUGUGUAUACAGCGUCGGGGAAGGAAGUUUGUCAUUUGGAAGAUGGUGACCACUUUGGGGAGAUCGCUUUGGUUAAUUCUGAGGCGACUAGAGUGGCGUCGGUUAUUGCUGUGGAAACGUGCGAAUUGUAUCGUCUGGAUAGGAAAGAUUUCGUUAAAGCUAUACACCCCUAUCCAGAUUUGUUGGAGAAGAUUGAGAAAAUUGCAGCUGACAGAAUGGAGAAGACUAACCUCAUGGAAGAACACUACAGACGGGAUAUUGCCACAAAGAGAUUAUAUUAGUUUUGUUAUAACGCGUUUUAUAAAUAAAAAACUUCU